AUGGAUGUCGCCGGGAAAAUACUGAAUAAAACAGUGUCCGAAGAAGAGCACUCUGGAUUUGACACUGUGCGUGUAUGCUGCAACGUUUCAGCAGCAGCAGUUAUCACCGACAAUGGAUUCGGUGCGUCUCAUCCAGAGGAACAUGACCUCUUCAUAAUGCGUGUGGUGCAGAUCGCGGUCCUGUGCGUAUUGUCACUCACUGUGAUUUUUGGCAUAUUUUUCCUUGGUUGCAAUCUUCUAAUUAAAACAGAAAGUAUGAUCAGUCUUUUUGUAGAAGACCGGAGACCGUCUAAGGACAAUGAUAUGAUCAUGGUUGCCUCAUAG